UGUAGCAACAAAACAAAAUGUAAGAAAGCCUGUCUUUCUCUCCAUUGGCCAAUUCCUCCGGAAGCAGGUCUCACUCUCACUCCCUCUCGAGAGAUCAAGAGAAAAACAGACUCCAUGCCGGUCCCAACACCCUUAAGCAGCGCCUCCGCCAUGCUCCGCCGCCGGCUCCUUCCUUCACUGCGAACCCGCGGCGGCUCAAGCUCCGGGGCGAGCCGGUGGACCAGCCCGGGCCACGAGGAGCGCCCUAAGGGCUACCUUUUCAACCGGACACCGCUGCCACCAGGUGAGUCUCGUCAGUGGGAAGAUUGGGAGCUUCCUUGCUACAUCACAAGCUUCCUCACCAUUGUGAUCCUUGGCGUUGGACUCAACGCCAAGCCCGAUUUGACCAUCGAAACCUGGGCCCACGAGAAGGCCCUCGAACGCCUCAAGAUGGAGAGCAACCUCGCCGACGCAGCAGCAACUGCCUCCAAUAACGAAUCUUCCGACGAAUGAAUCGCCGUCGAUUCGGUUGGUUAGGUUAAAAGAGAAAUGGGAUGGGUAUAAUAAGGGUAUAAUGGGAAUUUGAAACUCCUAUUGAUGCUUGGUUACUUCAUUUGUUAGUUUUAACGUGUUAAUGCUUAUUAUGACGAGUUUGUUGACUCGCUUGUUAUUAUUAUUAUUACUAUCCUUUUUUUUUUGUUGAAUGUGGAUAAGACAUUUCUGCGGUACAAUGUGGUGUUUGAAUAUUUCGAUAUUCUGUAUUGCAUU